UUUUCGUCUUCUUAUGUAUUCUUCACAAGAUCAGGAACAGUUGACUUGUUUACAAAACGAAAAUUCUACUGUGGUGUCUUUGUCCGUAACGUUUAUCUUGCAGAAAUGGUCAUUAAUUAGCAUCUGAAUUUGUUUUUAUAUCUCUUCAAAAUGCCGGAAAAACAGACUUUCAAACAAACUCUUCAAAUGAAAAGAAAUUACAUGGGAAGAGCAUGUAAACUACAUUUUGAAAGUGCCCCUUUGAAGAUUGUUCAAGCUUCCAGACAGUACAUGUAUGAUGACACUGGCAAUGAGUAUCUAGAUUGUAUUGGUAAUAUUUCUCAUGUAGGUCAUUGUCAUCCACACGUGACGAGGGCUGGCCAGGACCAAUUAGGCACACUGGUUGCAUCUACUGGUUACCUAAAUGAAAAAUCUGUUGAAUAUGCCAAACGAAUGAUUGAAACAUUACCAGAAAAAUUGUGUGUUUGUUUCAUGGUAAACUCGGGAUCUGAAGCCAAUGAUUUAGCAGUAAGGUUGUGUCGAUCAUAUACUGGACAUCACGAUGUUAUGGUUAUUGAUCAUGCCUUCCAUGGUAAUGUCUCUGUGAUAGCUGAUCUCAGUCCAUUUAAAUGGCAGAAAUUAGGGAUGGAGAAGAAAGAUUGGGUCCAUGUUGUACCAUUUCCUGAUACCUACAGAGGUAAAUACAGAGAGGACUCUGUUAAUCCUGGUUUGUUGUAUGCUAAUGAAGCCAGAAGUAUCAUACAAUCUGCACAUGAAAAAAAGAGAAAAAUGUAGUUCCAGACAUUGUAGUGGUAGGGAAGCCUCUAGGUAAUGGGUUUCCUAUGGCCAUGGUUAUCACUUCUAAAGAAAUAGCUGAUAAUCUCAGUGAUUACACUAAUACUUUUGGAGGGAACCCAGUUGCAUGUUCUAUAGGUCUAGCAGUUUUAGAUGUUAUACAGAAUGAGAAGUUACAAUCAAGUGCAAAAUCUGUAGGCAAAUGUUUAAAAGAUGGAUUAAAAGCUAUUGCACCUAAUCAUCCGAUGAUUGGCGAUGUUAGAGGGCGAGGGAUGAUAGUAGGCAUAGAAAUAGUUACAGACAAGGAGAGUAGAAAACCAGCACCAGAAGCUGCAGAUUUAUUGUCUCACAAGUUAAAGGAAAACAAGAUAAUUAUUGCCAAUGAAGGACAGGAUAAGAAUGUGAUGUUAAUCACACCACCACUGUGUUUUACAUGUGAUAAUGCAAGACACAUCGUACAGGCAAUUGACACAGCAUUGGCAGAAAUAGAAAAGGGUGCCUCAGAGGCUGGAUUAAAUCAAUCUAGUUUUGGAGAGAAUAGGAUGGAUAUUCCGUUAAAUAUACUAUCAAUGCCAUCAACAUCAGGAUACUCUUCAGAAGAGUCAGACUUUGACUCAGAUCACCCAAGUAAGCGAGCGAGAUAUGAGGAAGUGGACUGAUCAACUAAGUCUCAAGGAACAGAAGGGGGCAUUAAAUGAGCAAGAAAUCUUUAAAAUCUGUGAUUCCUACCGUUUCUCAAUGUAUAAUGUGUUCAUGCUCUUGUAUUACGUGUACAUGUACUUUAUGAUAUUGUUUUGAUAUUAUGUAUUGUUAACUAUUGAAUAAUGAUCAUGCAAUAUUUACUUUUUUAUUUGAUGACAUUCAUCAAAUGUAAAGGAUAUUUUUUACCAUUGACUUUUACCAAUUUUUAAAGAUUUUUAAAAGGGUUUUAUUCAAUGGGAACCAGUCUAGUAAUUAAUAGGCAACAGGGCCUGUAUUUGAUAGGCAACAAAGCCUGUUUUUAAAACAUGAAAUUUGUCAUCAGACCCAACUUGUUAUAUUUUCCACGAUUUAAGGAAUUAAUAGUUAUAAUUUUGAUAUGGUAAAAUACUUCAGUAUUAGAUUAAUGAAACCUGAGGAUAGGUUCUUUUUUAACAUCAAAAAUUAUAUAACAUAACAGAAAUUAUGACGGGAAUAAGUUUUUUAUACAAUCGGUAGAGAGUUUUAAAUUUAUUGUUCAUUCCUUACUCAAUGAUUUAGGGUAUCUCUAAAGUUACCAAUUGUUUUUAAAAGAAAGUGAAUUUUUCUUAAUGUUCUAAUGUAAUGAUUUGUAAAAUAUAAAAAUAUUUGACAAAUUUAGUACAUUUUACUGUAAUUUUAAUUUUUCUAAAAUCUAUAUUUAAAUAGCUUUUAUAUGGACUUUAUCAUCUUUCACCUGUAUUAAUAUUAUUUUACCUGAAAGCAGAUAGUAGAACCUAGUUUUAAUAUAAAAUGAAAUUCCAUUAUGAUAGAUUUUAUUAUAUAACAUUGUUUAUUAGAUAAAGUAAGUUUUAUUUGACAAUCACAAAAUCAGCUCAUUUAAUAUUUUAAAACUUGUAAUAAUAUUUAUAUACUGAAUGUUCAUGAAGUUGUUUAAAUGAUUAUUUACCUAGUGCAAUGCAUCAGCUAUGUGUUUUAAUAAAUGCUGUUGUAUGUGUAUGUUAUCUUGUUUUGUAAGACUUGCUGAAGCUUUAUAGUUGAAGUUCCUUCAAAUCACUGUUAAAAAUUUAGAUUGUUUUUAUACUUCAUUUUUGACAGUCCUUUACCUUUGUUAAAAAUGAUAAAGUUUUUAAUUUGAAUUCCUCUUUCAAACAAAUAUGCUUAUUUUCCAUUUGUCUUUUUAUACAACCGCAAAUUUUGAAAAAAUUUUCGUCGUAUAUUGCUAUCACGUUGGCGUCGUCGUCUGCGUCGUCGUUGUCGUCGUCAUCCGAAUACUUUUAGUUUUCGCACUCUAACUUUAGUAAAAGUGAAUAGAAAUCUAUGAAAUUUUAACACAAGGUUAAUGACCAUAAAAGGAAGGUUGGUAUUGAUUUUGGGAGUUUUGGUCCCAACAUUUUAGGAAUUAGGGGCCAAAAAGGGCCCAAAUAAGCAUUUUCUUGGUUUUCGCACUAUAACUUUAGUUUAAGUUAAUAGAAAUCUAUGAAAUUUUGACACAAGGUUGAUGACCACAAAAGAAAGGUUGGGAUUGAUUUUGGGAGUUUUGGUUUUAACAGUAUAGGAAUAAGGGGCCAAAAAGGGACCCAAAUAAGCAUUUUUCUUGGUUUUCGCACCAUAACGUUAGUAUAAGUAAAUAGAAAUCUAUGAAAUUUAAACACAAGGUUAAUGACCAUAAAAGGAAAGUUGGUAUUGAUUUUGGGAGUUUUGGUCCCAACAGUUUAGGAAAAAGGGGCCCAAAGGGUCCAAAAUUAAACUUUGUUUGAUUUCUUCAAAAUUGAAUAAUUGGGGUUCUUUGAUAUGCCGAUUCUAACUGUGUAUGUAGAUUCUUAACUUUUGGUCCCGUUUUCAAAUUGGUCUACAUUAAGGUCCAAAGGGUCCAAAAUUAAACUUAGUUUGAUUUUAACAAAAAUUGAAUCCUUGGGGUUCUUUGAUAUGCUGAAUCUAAAAAUGAACUUAGAUUUUUUAUUAUUGGCCCAGUUUUCAAGUUGGCCCAAAUCGGGGUCCAAAAUUAAACUUUUUUGAUUUCAUCAAAAAUUGAAUAAAUGGGGUUCUUUGAUAUGCCAAAUCUAACUGUGUAUGUAGAUUCUUCAUUUUUGGUCCUGUUUUCAAAUUGGCCUACAUUAAGGUCCAAAGAGUCCAAAAUUAAACUAAGUUUGAUUUUAACA